AUGAUUUUCUGUCCCGUGGGGUCAGAGGCAAGCUACGAAAAUUCUGCUUGCAACAUUUCAGCGGUGGGUUAUUCCGUCUCGUUGCAUUUUUCCAUUUUUCUCCCUUUUCUAAAUUUUCUUGCCUUUGUUCAUUUCUCUUUUUUUUUUCUUCUUUUGCCGUAUUUUCUUCUUUCUUCUUCUUUUUUAUUUGCUUUUUCUCCUUUUCUUCCUUUAUUCUUUUUCGUACACCCACCCCACCUCUAUCCCUCUCUCUCUCUCUCUCUCUCUCUAACCUCUCUUUCUUUUACUGCUACCCUUUUGACAUUGGCAUACUUUCUUUCGUUUUCUUUUUCUUUGAUUUUUUAUCCUUUAUUCUCUUCCCUUUUCAUUUUCUAUCUUUCUUUAUCUCUAAGGUUCUCUCUUUUUAUCCACUUCUCUUUCUUUUUUUCUUUUUCUUUUCCUCUUCUUUUCCCUCCUAUAUUUUCUUUUCUUCCUUUUGAUCUCUUUAAACUUAUCUUUUUCUUUUAUUUACAAAGGUUUUCUCUUUCUUUCACUCCGAGUUCUCUGACACACCCAUUUUCAUCUGCUUUCUUUGUUUUUUCUUUGCUUUUCUCUUCUUUUUUUAAUUUCUUUCUAUCUUUCUCACUCUCUCUCACUCUCUCACUCUUUCAUUAUCUAAGAUCCUUUCUUUAUUCCCACUUUCUUUUUUCUUUUUUUUUUUCUAUAUUUCCUUUCUUUUUUGAAUUUUCACUUUCCCCUUUUCUCUUUUUCAGUUUCUCCCCUUUUUUUUCUCUCUCUCUUUGCGGCCUUCCUUUCCUUACCCUCCCCUUAUUUUAUCUCAUUCUAUUUGCCCACUAUGACUCUCUCUCUUUCAUGCUUCAUUAA